AUGGCUUCUCUAUUUUCUAAGCGUUUGACCUGCUUUUAUUGUGGGAAGCGGUCCGCUCGCUCUCAUCGCGGACCUGUUCGCAAUUUCCACUGUGAACAUUGUGAGGCUGAUAACUUCUUCGACGAGAAAGGAGAAAUCACAGACCCACCAGCUGUGGUCACCAACGCCGAAGUCUACGCGCCUGGCGCAUCAGACUCGCGCUUCGAGUCGACUGACUUCGAUGGAUCCCAGUCAUUUUGCGCCAAAUGUGCUCGGAAUCAGCAUUUAUUUACAAGUUCAUUGGCUUCCUACUUUCCUCCCUCAGACGAUCCUACCGAUAGCGAAUACGAACGCGGGUAUGAGCAGUUCCGCAGAAGUCUGGAGGACCGAUACCCCCAGGUUUGCGAGUCGUGCGAACCUAUCGUGAAAUCUCGCAUCAGAAAAGCUGGCUACGAAGCGAAAUCAGAUCACCUCAGGCGCAUGAUGGAUCAAAGUCGAGCAAACCGAGAAUCACGACAGGCGAGGAACCGGAGCUGGAGAAGCUUGCUUCUCUUUGUGGGUGCACUUGCAUAUUGGGCUAGUAUUGCUGGCCAGCUAGCGUGGAACUUGAUUAGUGUAGCCACCCUCGCCCAGGUCUCGCAAAAUCCCGAUUAUUUAUCCGACACCGAACGACCCCCAAUAACACCAAACUCUGUGAUCUCGUGUGUCGACCAGUCUAUCCGUUUCAAGCGCAUUCCCAGCGAAUGUUCGCCUGAUCUAGCACCAACUGCCGGUCUGGCAUUGAUCGCAGGUGCACUUUCGCUCUGGUGGAACCCAAAGCUACGCAUGAAGAUAGACGGAAUGCCCGGUAAAUUCCGUGGUCUUGCAGAGUACUACGAAGCCCAACUCAUCAUCAUGGUGGUACGAUGUGUUUUCUGGGCAGUGAUCAAGGAUCCGUCUGCCAGUGGGUUAGAACCCAAAUUGGCUCCGGCCUUCCAUGCUCUGAUGAUCGUUUUCACUAUUCUGUCGGUUUUGUUCUCUCGAUAUGUUGUCAGCUACUCUAGUCGUCCACUCGUCAAUUGGUCUGAUAAUAGCUGGGAAACUCAAUUCGAAUCUGCUAAGGCUUCUUCUUCUGCACUUCCUGAGUCACCGGUGUCGACUCGCAUCACAAGAUCUGGCGGAACACCGAAGGCGAACAAUGGUGGAUUACAACAACGCUUUCCGAUUGACAAAUUGGCUCAGCCUCAAUCACGAUCACCCAUUGAACAGUCGCUUGCAUUAACCUCCAAUCUUACGGAUAAUGAUGGCAUGGACUGGUCCCCUUCUAUCUCCCAUAACCUCCGACCGACUGUGACACGGCGAGAUCAGCCGUCCGUGCUGGACGGUCCUCAUCCAUUUCAGGGGCAGAUUCCAGCAGCCCCAAUUCCUCCUGCGUGGAAGCUUCGCACUCAGACUUCGACAAAGCCUAUCGAACAAGUGAUUCAGCCUAAUCCGUUCCACCGCAGUCCUACGCAACCGCAAGGGCAAUGGCAGCAAAGGCAUGCCGGUUCUGAACCAGUGUUCAAGGACCCAAAAUUCUUUCCUCCUCGCGAUCACGAUACAUCUACUGGGCUGGAAACACUGUUUGACCGUGCCUUUAAUUUCCAGUCUGAUUCUGCCCAGGGACCUGGCUGGCCUCAGCAGACACAGAACCAGGGCUCUACACGUCUCGAUGAGACGCAAAGCCACCUCUUUUAUGGGUGUUUGCGCCUAGGUCUGCUAGUUAGCUUCAUCAGUGCAUGGACUGUCUCUCAGAAUCACCAGGUCUUGAUCCCAGGAAAUUACGUGGAGAUCGCUGCCCUGGGUGCGGCAAGUCUUGUUGCGGGGUUUGCUUUGAUCACCAUGGUAAAACGGCCUCUUGUGGAAUGGAAUGGUAUGGAGAUUCUGAUUUCUAUCACCGAACUUGGCGUUGCUGUUCACAUGGGGGCACAUUUACCCACGGUUUCCCUUAAUCGGGACUACUUCGAUCGCUACGGCAAACUGCUCCUGGUUUUCAUGGCGGCACAGGAAACUAUGAACGUAUUCUCCUUCUACACUAAGGCCAGGCUAGAAAGCCGCCAGCACUCAGGAUCUGUAUCACCACAGUCGCAGCCACAAUCCCCGCACCAGAGCCAAUCGGGUGCUCUUGACUGGCCCACAAGUCAAUCUUCAUCCAAGUCUACACCUGAACCUCGAGUCAGCAGUCCCCCUGUGCACCGAUCAUUUGAGUCACAACCAUCCGCUCCUCCACUUUCGUUUGGCGAUACCGAAGCGGCCUCUAGUUUCUCUUCGGCAUUGCCUUCCGUGCCACAGUAUGGGCUUACCUCGUCUCGAACUGCCCAGUCGUUCCCCACUGGCACUCAGAACGUUUUCAGCCAAAAUCAGAACGGUUUCAACCAAAACAGAAACCCACAUAGUUUCACCAUGGAAUCUCUAAAGCAAAUCGACCCCGUGUCUGAUUAUGAGCGAGACUCAGACAGCGAGACUAUAGCCACAACUACAACUGCCGCUACAAAUUUCACUAACCACAACAUUCGGUAUGGGAAUAACGCCGGUCUGGGUUCCAACCCCUUUUACUCACCCCGGCGGACUGGUCUUGGAUCAGGCAUCGGCGGCUUGAGUUUGGAUGAUGAUCCUACUCCCCGCCGCAUGACUCGUAGCCAGACCCAGCAUGGACUGCUUGGUCGGCGUCCACCCAACUACGUCCGUUGA